AUGUCGGCUGCCCGCGCAAUCGAGCUAUUCAGCUCACCUGCCUUCUAUAUCAGCUGCUGCCUGCCUCGCUGCGCUGGGCAUCCGCUGGCAGCCCCAGGCCUGCAGGGUGGUCUCUGGCUGGCUUGCACCAUCUGCCGAACCAUGGCCGCGGAGAACGGGCUGCCCCCGCCGGCGCCACCGGAAGAGCCGCUCGUGGUCGGGCGGCCGAACGUGCUGGACGUGGAGGGCUUCCUGAAGGAUAUCACAGAAAUCCUCUCCACACGGCUGCUCACGAACCACGGCCCGUUCGUCGUGCGAUUGGAAAGGGCAGCGGCCGAGUAUUUAGGAGUUGCGUACGUCGUCGCGGUGGCCAACGGCACGAUUGGGCUGGAACUCGCGCUGCGCGCGCUCGACCUCGCCCCGGGCGCCGAGGUGCUGCUGCCAUCGUUCACAUUCGUCGCGACGGCGCACGCGGUGCGAAACGCGGGCCUCAAGCCGGUGUUCGUGGACGUGGACGAGGCAACGCAUUUCCCGACGCCCGAGAUGCUCGCGAGAGCGGCAACAAACAAAACGCGAGCGGUCGUCGCCGCGCACCUGUGGGGCCGCGCGGGCGACGCGGCGUCGCUCGAAGCCUUUGCGGCGGCGCGCGGCUGGCCCGUAGUCUACGACUCGGCGCACGCCUUCGGCGCGCGCCACGCCGACGGUGCGUUUUGUGGCGGGCGCGGCCGGGCCGAGGUCUUCAGCCUUCACGCGACCAAGCUCCUCAACUCGUUCGAGGGCGGCCUCGUGGCGACGAACGACGCAACGCUCGCUGCGCGCGUCAUAUCCACGCGCAACUUCGGCUUCGCCGGCCAGGACACUAUUGCGCACGGCGGCACGAACGCGAAGCUCAGUGAGCCGCACGCCGCGCUCGCGCUGAGGCAUUUGCGAUGUGUGGAUGCGACCAUUUCCAUAUAUCGGCGCGUCGCGCGCGCUUAUGGCGACGCGCUGCGGCGGCGCGGCCUCAUUCCAAAUUUGGUGACGUACUGGAACGAGCCGCGCCUUGACGACGAACGGGAUACGCACGCGUACGUCAUCGUGCGCGUCCGACCGGCAUUCGGGCUGAACCGGGACGCGGUCAUGCGCGCGCUCCGGGACCGCGGCGUCCACGCGAAGCGCUACUUCUUUCCCGGCGUUCACAAGCAGCGGCCGUUCCUCGACUGCCCGGCUCUUGAUUUAGAAACGACGGAUGCGUUGAACAGCGACAUCUUGAUCCUGCCCACGGGCACAGUCGUCUCCGCCGCCGACGUCGAACGCGUCGUCGCUGCCUUGUGCGACGUCCGCGACCAUCGGCGCGACUACGCCGCAGCGCCGCCGCUCGCGCCCCGCGAAUUCGACACGUCACACUACGCUGCCGCACUCCGCACCAUUGGAACAGAGCGCGACGCUCUGCGGGUGCGCCUCGCCGAGCUGGACCGGGCCGAGGCGGCGUUGGAGAAGGAUCGGGCCGGCGUGGUCGACCGCGCAACUUCCCUGUGUUUAUAG